AUGGACAGGGCAGAGGAAAUUAGCAGAAGGCUGGUGCACAGCGGCAGGGCAGGAGUGGAGACAACACUGCAGGUGCAGUCUGCGCUCAUCAGCAAGAAUAAGUUUCUGCCUGACCUGGGACACAAUUUCUAUGCAUAUCUCAGGAGAAGGAUAGAGAUGAUGUGCGAUUCGCAGGAAUAUGCAAUUAAUGCGUUAGAGUGCGUGCACAAGCAAACAUACUGCGGGAUGGUCAUGCAGGCACAAAAUGCAUACUAUCUGCUGGGCGUGCAGCCAGACCACUCCACAGUGCUCAUGCAGCUGGAUAUGUCUGAGCUUCCAGAGUACACGAUCUACCCAGGGCAGAUAAUUGAAGUGUCUGGCACGAAUAUAAUUGGAGAUGAAAUUGUUGCAGACUCUGUCCUGUACAACAGGAUAUUCCAAAACCUGGAAAUAGCCCCAAAAGAAGGGAAGUUUACGCUUACUGUAAUUGACGAAAAGAGGGUGCAGAGUGCACAGCCUCUGGCCUCUGAGGGGAUAGAUGAAUAUGCGCACAUCCUGGAUAUAGUGAGGGGCAGUCAGUCAGAUCUUGUGGUGAUCUUUGGGGACUUGUCUUGUGAGGCACGAAAAGUGUGCAAGGAAAUUGCAACUGCAAAAAGAACAAGAAUUUUAUGCGUACCGUACAUAGAUGGAAUUGAGUCUUCCAUGGCGUAUCCUACAGAGUACACAAGCAAGGCAGCAGGAUAUAAUAUGCCUGCAUCUGAGAAUCAGGAGUGGAUGCCUAAUUUGUACGAUGUGAGCAGCUGCUUUUUUGCUGAGCUGCAGAACCCAAGCAUGGUCUGCUUCAAUGGGGUGCUGCUAGCACUGACUACCUUGGAUGUGCUGCUGGGGAUAUCCCGGAAAGAGGUUAGCAGGAACAGAGGGGAAAGGAUGGAUGAUAUUUUAGUGCACAGCGUAUACCAAAGCACAUUCCUUCCUUUUAUACCGCAGGAUGUUCCUGUUGACUACUCAGUGUUUAAUGCCUUCCUGUGGGCAUACUCCCCGGAUAUGUAUAUAUUUCCAACAUGCUUGUCUGCAAGACCUGAUAACAUAUGCAGCACGCAUGUUAUUCCCGCGUGCACAGGAAGCAUGGAGCUGCACGUAGAGUGCACUGCUGAUGAAAGGGUCACUGUUCGGGUUGCGCGGGAUUCAUGA